GCAGCACAUUCGCGUGCUUCGCCAUAUACGACAACCACCAUCGGAUCGAAAAAUUCUCUCUCUCUCUCUCUGUGGAAUAUAUUUGGUUCAUCUUCUGCUUCGAGAUAUAUCCCGCCACGAAUUAUGAGCCAAAUCAUUCGGUAUAACGCGCUGGUGCUUGCAGUUUUAGCAGCUAUUUGCUUGCAAGAUGCCAUCGCCUCGCCGGUUCUGCCACGAGGUGAGAAUAUGUCACUAGCUAUGAAAGUUUUCGCGCAACCCGAGUACGUGGAGGCAUUGGCCAAAGAGCUCGAGAAAGAGAGUGCAGCAUUGAAGGCCGAGGAAGUAGCGAGGCGAGAAUUCGACCAGAGCAAGCCAAAGUUCGCCAGCCACAGGAAAGGCUACUCGGAUCAAAUAAUCUUCCCGGCGGAGAUGAUCAGUUUGCAAGGCAACAGCAAGCGUAACUUCGAUGAAAUCGAUCGAGUUGGUUUCUCCGACUUCAAUAAGCGCAACUUCGACGAGAUCGAUCGCGCCGGUUUUUCCGACUUCAACAAACGCGACUUCAACGAGAUUGAUCACUUGGGCUUCUCAAACUUCGGUAAGCGCAAUUUCGACGAGAUCGAUCGUAAUGGAUUUUCAACGUUCAACAAGCGUAACUUCGACGAGAUCGAUCGCAGUGGAUUUGGCUUCAACAAGAAGAGAAACAUCGACGAAAUCGAUCGAAAUGCAUUGUCAAUUUUUAACAAGCGCAACAUAGACGAGAUCGACCGUAGCGGCUUCUCAGGAUUCAACAAGAAGCGCAAUUUCGACGAGAUCGAUCGCAACGGAUUUUCAACAUUCAAUAAGCGUAACUUCGAUGAGAUCGAUCGCAGUGGAAUGCCAGGCUUCGCCAAGCGCUCGAUCUCAUCAUCGAAGAACAAAUCGGCGAAUCAACGGAGUCGUUGAACUACCUAACGCAACGACAACGAAAGUGCAUCGCUGACACGACACGAGAGGAAAAGGGACAGGCACAGACGCCUCAUUCGAACUUAUAUUUGAUGCUCGUCGUUACAUUAUCUCAUGAAUAUUUAUUGGAAUUUCGUUCUGUUUCUAUUUUCUCCGGAAUACACACACGACCGUGCCAAUUCGUUAAGCACAUCAAAUCUUUUUACUUUCUUUUUCCUUAAGACCAAGAAUAUUGAUUCAUGCUAAUGAUUAAGUUCUGUGUGUGACAAGCUUCUUAUUUCAAAUGAAUGUUCAAGAUAUCUGUGUAUUUUAAACUCUUUUUUUAUAUACAUUUCAAUUGUUAUAUCGUCCAACUUAUCGGCUAACGCUGAAGCACAAAUCUCAUAGGAUAGCUUAAUUAAUACAAGAUUGAUGUUUGCUUUUGACCUUCUUUCUGAAGAUAGUUAAGUUAAAUUGUAUGAUACACAUUUUUUAUCAGAUAUAUGCAUAUAUCGAUGAUUAACAUGUAUACUGUUUUAUACUAUACUUUUCUUUGAAAGACAAAAGGUAUUUUCUUGUAAAUUAUUAAAAUGUUUAAA